UAUUUCUCGAGAAAGAUUUGUGUUUGAAGCAGCCUAUAUAUAGUAAGUCAGUGAGCAGCGAACAACAAUUUGUACUCGCUAAUUCGUCUCCCUUGUCAGAUACUCAUGCAUACUUUCUCAAUUUGUUGGUGAUCAUGAACUAAAAGCAAUAGCUGUUUAAUACUUUCUGCACUCACGGUUCACUGACUAUGCGUUUUCGUCCGUGACCUUCAUCGGAGAUUAGAAGAUGUGUUUUCCGCUUACUAUUUCCGCAUUGUUUAAUCUGUCAAAAACGUGAAAAGAGACAAAUAACUGUCGUCACCUACCUUCCUAGCAUAGGGCAGGCUUUUCCGUUUCGAAGUACGAGUUGAAUUUUGCGUUCGUUCGCUCAAAUUAGUCAUUUAUACAAAGUAAUAUUGAAGUCAAGUAGUUGGCCGCGUUGCUAGAAAAUGUCAAGGUAGACGUCGAAAAAAUGUUGAAUAUCCAUUCGGGUGCUGAUUAAGAGUAUGAAUUCUUCAGUGAAGAUACCACUGCAAUCAUUGUACCGUAACUUAAUCGAGGAGUAAUUUAAUCUUGACGGGCAAGUGCCAAUGCUUCUAUUGUUUGUAUGGUAAAUUGGAAAGAUUAAGAUCCGAUCGUGCAAAGGGAAAUUUUACGCUCAAACCUCGAUUAUUCGUAAGCAGGAAGGUGGGUAAAUAGAUUUCGGUACAAAAAAACGCAUAAUAUUAUGCAUUGAAAGUCAAAAAGUAAGGAAAAACAGCAUAAGCAAGCAGGGAAAAUAAAUCUACUAAAAUAUCAGACAGCUUAGUAAUUCUAAUACUUCCUUCCUAUGCUAAAUUUGCAUAAAGCUCAUUAUGCAACAACUACUCGCGAUCUGCAAAUUGGAAGUCCCAGAUGUAAUUGCGUGCUUUCUAUCAACCUGUCCUGCAUUGAACUUUUCCCCCGAUUUGUUCAAACAAGGAAGUAGUUCGCAUAUGCAAUUUUACGUCACACAUCACAAGCCCGUGACUAGUGAAUAGGUGUGAUACAGAAUUUGUGACUAAUAGGCUUUUACGUUAUGUUUUACGUAUAAAAUAUAUCUAGCAAUUGAGCUUAUAUUAGGCUGCUACAACGUGAAUCUGUAUCUUGGUCAAAAUGGAUUGUUUUUUGAAAAUUAUCCUGAUACUCGGACUAGGAUAUCAUGCCCACGCAUUAACCUGCUAUGAGUGCAGGGAUUCAGAUUUCGACGGUGAAUCGACGGCCGCGGAGACAUGCUUCGUGCCUGCAUCAUCGACAUGGAGCUGCUCAUCGCCAUCUGACUAUUGUAGAACAACGUUGACAAUUACCGACGGUGUUGUGAACGCGGUUGAUCGUAGUUGCCAAAGCAAUGCUAGUGAUCACGACAUUCAUUCAAAUGUUGUACCAUCAGUAACAACGUGCACAACAGUACUCGAUUUCAAAGGAAACCCGACAGCAAAAACCGAGUGUUACUUUCCUUGUAUGGGAGAUAAAUGUAACAAUGUGACCAGUGAUUCAUUGAAUACAUGUAGUUCAUCGUGUAACAAGGAAAAAUCUGGAGGGACUUGUGAUUAUAUUUUGGGAAAAUGUGUUUGUAAUAGUGGACACUAUGGAAAAGACUGCAACGAAACCAAAUCGGCAGGUGCAAAACGUAAAUGUGUUCAAUGCACAUCCGCUUCUGGCAUGAACUGUAGCAAUUUCACCGAGGCAAACGACUGUCCUGAUAAUAAAGCGUUUUGCUCUACAACCAAUACAUCUUUUAUAGAUUCAUCUAACAAAGUGGUGCUAACAAUUGUAACAAAGGGAUGCACUCAAAGUCUCGGAGUCGCUGACGAAUGCUUUUUUACGGACACUUUUACUGAUACUCCUAUCAAUAACGGAGGCUUGUAUAAAGAAUUUACUUGUGUUUCAACGUGUGAUACAGAUGGUUGCAACAAGGUGGUGGCUGAUGGGCAAAAAUAUACCAGGAAGACGGCUCCAAAGCAGUGCGUGAUAUGUAACGACCUCACUGGAUCGACGCAAUGUAACCCAGGAAACUCAAACGUUCAAACUAGAUCAGCUUGUCCAGGCUCAAAUCUAUGCAAUAUGUCUGUAACCUACCUAGUUUCGGAAAGGACUGAUUUACCAUAUACUAGCGAACCGAGCUAUACAUUACGGAGUGUCACCCGUGGAUGUGCAUCAGCAGCAGAGGAUGGCAAACCUGUAAACAAAACUAUAUUUCCGAAUAUAGAAGAAGUUACUAUCACUGAAACAUGCAAUGUUGAUGGAUGUAAUGACAAAUGGCCUAAACGACCAAAGUGUGUUCAAUGUGAGUCCAAAAUUGACACUAAUGGAUUUGACAGCUGUCUUCUGAAUCCGCCACCACCCACUGCAUGUCUUUACCCUUAUCACAAAUACUGUUACAUACAGGACAAUGGAAUGACCCACAACAACAUAACGAGUAUUCAUGGAUAUCGGAGGUCUAUUAAGCGUGGGUGUUCGGCUACCAUAUUACCAAACGGUUGUUCAACUCAUACUAAUUUCCGUGGAGUGAAAGUUGAUUCUUGCAAUAUGACAUGCGAAGAAGAUGGAUGUAAUGUUGGUUUUGGACGGGUUAUGAAAAACGCUGGCGUGAUAGCCACCCACCAUACUUCAGCCGUGGUGUUGUUUGCAAUAAUCGGAAGCCUCGGAAAUGUGUAACCUGAUGCUUAAAUGACAUUGUAUGAACAGCGUAUCUUAUGAAAUCACUAUAUUCAUUAACAAAUGCUAUGCUGUGUACCUAAUAGUCUACGUCGUAGUUUUGCUGUAAUUCACUUUUACACAAGUUGAUUUCAACUAUUAUGAUUAAUAUUUUUGUCUUUUAUUCAAUAUAAAAUGUUCAUUUAGUAAUCAUUUCAUUUUGUGUUUUCAAACGUUUCACUGCAUUUCACAAAUAUUACUAGCUAUAAAAUAAACAUUACGUUUUUCAUAUGAAGAGAUAGGAAAUACAACACUCGCGAUUCGAUUGCUGUAAAGACAAGAAUGAUCACAUUUAUAUCAAUCUGGUGAUAACUUUUUCUUUUCAAUUUAUACUCUCUAAACAUGUUUUAUCUUAUAUGCAAUUUUCACUCGCUAUUUUCCAGAGAAGUUUGAAGGCAAUCGUUGAAUUCCAUCAAUUGUAAAUCGGUAUUAUACGAACAUCAGUCUUGGGGGGUAGUUUUAAAAAGUCUCUCAUUGAUGGGCCUGAAUGUAAAAUGCAUAAAUUAUGCAUAGUAGUGAUAUUUUCACUGGUUUAUAUUUUACGGAUUUUAUUGUUUAUUUUGAAUCGAUUCAACAAUGCAGCCAUACGUGGAUAAUGACAUAUUCACGAAGUUAAAUUUAAUUGCAUUUGUUCACAUAUUUGAGAAUGAUUUGAGUUUGCAACCUAGCAGUAAGCCUUUGUUGAAUCUCCCAAAUGUUGAACGUUGAAAUAGCGAGUAUAUAAAAGAGCAGUAAAUAUUUUAAUGCUUUUCCAUGAAAAAAUAGUAUUGGGCCAAUGCCUCUGUAAAUCGGUUUUGUGCUAGAAUUAAUUUAGUUUGACGCUAUUUAUCAAAAAAAUUUCAAUAAAUGUGCACUCUAUAAUAUUAAAGUUGACUACACUAUUA